UUGAUCUUUAAAGCAUGAAUUUUUUCUUAAAUGUUGUAUAUAUUUUUUCCGCAGGUAUGCAAUUCCUCCUGAACAUGGAAAGAGAUUGGAGCGCCUAGCCAAAGGUUUUUUUCCUGGAAGUUCUCAAGGAUGUGAUGCUUUUCUGAGACACAAAAUGACUCUAAUUUCCCCUUCUAUAUUGAAGAAAUAUGGGAUUCCUUUUGACCGGAUCACACAAGAAGCUGGCGAGUUUAUGAUAACAUUUCCAUAUGGAUAUCAUGCUGGAUUUAAUCAUGGAUUCAACUGUGCAGAAUCCACAAAUUUUGCCACAUUGCGCUGGAUUGACUAUGGCAAAAUGGCCACACAGUGUACUUGUCGGAAAGACAUGGUGAAGAUUUCUAUGGAUGUGUUUGUGAAGUUCCUUCAGCCUGAUCGCUAUGAAAUGUGGAAACAAGGAAAAGAUUUAACUACCCUAGAUCAUCUGAAACCAACUGAAUUAACAAGUUCAGAGCUGGAGGCUUGGUUUAAGAGAAAAGCCCAGGGAAAAGCUGGUCGUAGGACUUAUAGGAAACGUUCCCAGCCCCGAAGGCAAAAAAUACAAGAUCAAAAACUGUUAAGAGAGGUGCUUGGCCCAGAUGCUAUUGCAGAAGAGAGAGAGGAUGAAAUCAAGAAAUGCAGGGAGAACAUUGACAAUAUAAAGUGUCCUGAAGGCAGUGACUUCUCUUUGGACCUCACAGAAGAAAGUGAAUUCAAGCCAAGACAGCUUGUUCCAACACUCUAUGUUGUACCACGUACCAAGAAGGUUGUGUUUGAAAAGUCAAGGAUGUCAUGCCAGGAAGCUUUUGAACAUUUUGCAACAGAAAAAAAUAAGUGGAACCCAGCAGAACGAAAAGGACAGACUUCUCUUGAUAGUCCAAAGAAACUUGGAGUACCUAAGCAUACUGUCCUUUUCUCUAAAAUGGAGAUUAAAAAGAGCAGACGCCAUCCGCUAGGCAGGCCACCAUCCCGCUCCCCUAUGUCUGUGGUGAAGCAAGAAGUAUCCAGUGAUGAUGAUUCUCUCCCUUUUUCUGGUGAGGAGGAGACUGGGGAUCCUGAAACCUUACCAAAUCUUUUGUCACAUUUGUGGAAGAACAAGCCUUUGAACUUUUUAGCAGAGAGAAAAUUUAAUUCAGUGGCUGCUCUCACAGAGCCAUACUGUGCAGUAUGCUCUCUCUUCUCUCCUUUCCCUCAGGAGGUUUCUCACUUGUCUGAUUUGGCCUUCUCAAAACAAGGACAAAGAACAAAACCAGCUGUCCCAGAAAUGUGUUUUACCCCCAGUGAGAGUAGUAUGGAUCCAUUGCCAGUCAACACUUAUAUUGGAGACGAUAAUACCAGUCCCCUGCUGUCGUGUGCCAAAUGCUUUUUACAAGUCCAUGCAAGUUGUUAUGGAAUCCAUCCUGAUUUGGUUAAGGAGAACUGGACCUGUUCACGGUGUACUGCCUGUGCAUGGAGUGCUGAGUGCUGCUUGUGUAAUUUGCGAGGGGGCGCACUACAGAUCACUACAGAUAAAAGGUGGGUUCACAUUGUCUGUGCUGUGGCAGUCCCAGAAGCUAGUUUUGUAAAUGUGAUUGAGCGUCAACCAGUUGAUAUCAGUGGUAUUCCAGAACAACGGUGGAAACUGAAAUGCGUAUUUUGUCGGAGUAAAAUCCGCAAAGAGGUUGGUGCCUGCGUCCAGUGCUCAGUUGAUCGAUGUUCAACCUCUUUCCAUGUCACAUGUGCGCACAUGGCUGGCAUUUCUAUGAAGCCUGAUGAUUGGCCGUAUGUUGUAUCAAUUACCUGCUUCAAACACAUGAGUGCAAAUCAGUGUAAUACUGUUUCCAGGGACAUCUGUGUUGGCCAAACUGUAAUAAGUCGAAAUCGGAAUGGCCUGUAUUAUCGUUGCCAGGUCAUUGGAUCGGCUACACAUAUUUUUUAUGAAGUAAAUUUUGACGAUGGCUCCUACAGUGAUAAUGUAUAUCCUGAAAAUAUUAUGAACAGGGAUUGCAUUCAGGAUGGUCCACCAGCAGAGGGUGAGAUGGUAGAGCUUAGAUGGAUGGAUGGAAAUAUUUACAAAGCCAAAUUCAUUUCGUCAAAUGUCAACUUCAUUUACCAAGUGGAGUUUGAUGAUGCGUCUCAGCUGAUGGUAAAACGCAAUGAAAUCUUUACAUUGGAAGAGUCACUGCCAAAAAGAGUGAAAUGUAGAUUGUCACUCAGCACAGGAGCUUUUUUGGAGGGGACAGAGGAUGUACAUAUCAUCAAGCGUCCAAGAAUGUCCAGUCCAACUAAUAACCAGAUAACAGAAAAUAAUGGGAUCCUUUCUGAAGAGAAAGAAACUAUCACACAAAAUAGUUAUGAGCCAUCUGACUUUUAA